AGAGCCGUAAUGCGCAUGACAGCUGCAACUCCUAACGCCAAGUAACAGCGUACGAACUAGGUUAGCCCCCGUGUUUUAUUGUUUUCCUCCAGCUCUGCAUUUCUGCGCUCUUUUCGUGAGCAGAAACGGGGCUGUGGUGCGCCGGUGAGUCGCGGCGAAGGAGGACGAGGUCAAAACGGGGACGUUUGAAUAGGACCCUGAACAAGAAAGAGACAACAGUCCGGCUUCAGCGGGAGCUUCCGUAGCGAGUAGGCCCGGUGACCCACAUUCAGCGUGUAGAUAGAGAGGGAGCCGCGACCGUGUGAGCCUGCUCUCCUGGGCUUGAGAGAAGGGCUGUGUGGCACAUAGCCCUGGGUGGUCAGUAUACAACCUUUAGGCACUGACCUCGGCAGAGCUGAUGUUACAAAUAUCUGGAAACAGCAUCAAGGAUCUCUACCACCAUUGCUUCAAAUGUCUUCCGAGUGCUUCAAGUGUUUUUUCCUCAGACUAACCCAUGAAACAACAUCACCAUGAGCUCUAUAGACAGGGACGAUGGCAGUAUUUUUGAUGGGUUGAUGGAGGAGGAUGAGAGAGAUAAGGCCAAACGAGUUUCUAGGAAUAAAUCAGAGAAAAGGAGGAGAGACCAAUUCAAUGUCCUCAUCAAGGAAUUGGGCACCAUGUUGCCAGGCAACACACGCAAGAUGGACAAGUCCACUAUCUUACAGAAGAGCAUUGACUACCUGCGGAAGCACAAAGAAAUCGCAACACAGUCAGAUUCUAGUGAGAUCAGACAGGACUGGAAACCCCUGUUUCUUAGCAACGAGGAGUUCACACAGCUCAUGCUGGAGGCAUUGGAUGGGUUUUUCCUUGCUAUCCUGACAGAUGGGAACAUCAUCUAUGUCUCUGAAAGUGUUACGUCCUUACUAGGGCACCUGCCUUCGGAUCUGGUGGAUCAGAACCUGUUGAAUUUCCUUCCUGUCGGGGAGCAUACGGACAUAUACAAAGCUCUGUCUUCACACCCAGAAGGUGAAAACCUCAGCCCAGAAUACUUUAAGUCUAAGAGCCAGUUGGAGUUUUGCUGUCAUGUGCUCAGAGGUUCUAUGGACCCCAAAGACCCGCCCGUGUAUGAAUAUGUCAAAGUUAUUGGCAACUUCAAGGCCCUCAGUAAUAUGCCUCGUCAUACUCGAAAUGGCCUAGAAGGAGUACUCCAGAGGUCUUUAUGCCCAGCCUUUGAUGACCAAGUGUGUUUCGUGGCCACUGUGCGUCUAGCAAAGCCACAGUUUAUCAAAGAGAUGUGUACAGUGGAGGAGCCCAAUGAAGAGUUUACUUCUCGACACAGUCUAGAGUGGAAAUUUCUCCUAUUAGAUCACAGAGCUCCACCUAUCAUUGGCUAUCUCCCCUUUGAGGUGCUGGGGACAUCUGGGUAUGACUACUAUCAUGUAGACGAUCUGGAGUCACUGGCUAAAUGCCAUGAGCAUUUGAUGCAGUUUGGGAAGGGGAAGUCUUGUUAUUAUCGGUUCCUCACUAAAGGGCAGCAGUGGAUCUGGCUCCAGACUCACUACUACAUCACCUACCAUCAGUGGAACUCACGGCCUGAGUUCAUCGUCUGCACGCACACCGUGGUCAGUUACGCUGAGGUGCGGGCAGAGCAGAGGAGAGAGAUGGGAAUUGAAGAGUCUCCUCCUGAGCUUAUAGCAGACAAGCAGUCUCAGGAUUCAGGUUCUGAGUCACAGUUGAAUACCUCCAGCCUGAAGGAAGCACUAGAGCGCUUUGAUCACAACCGAACACCAUCCACCUCCUCACGCAGCUCUCGCAAGUCUUCACACACAGCCGUGUCUGACAGCACAUGUACCUCUACUCCCUCUAAGCUGCAGAUGGAUGUGAGCACUCCUCCUCGGCCUGCCACCGUUGAUAUGGCCUCACAGCGACGCUCUUCAGUCAGUGGCCAGACUGUUAGUUCUCAGAAUAGCACCCAAAAUUCAUCUCCUGCUCAAGUCAACCAGCAACAGCAGCAGCAACAACAACAGCAGCAACAGCUUCAACCCCCUGCACAGUAUUCUGCACCGUUGAGCGCCAUGCAGCACUUGAAGGAGCAGCUGGAGCAGAGGACGCGGAUGAUCGAAGCCAAUAUUAAGAAGCAGCAGGAAGAACUGAGGCAAAUACAUGAGCAGCUACAAAGGGUUCAGGGCCAAGGACUUCAGAUGUUCCUGCAGCAGUCAGGGGGUGGGGUUAAUGUUCAGCUGCCUCAGGUCGGAGGAGCUUCGGUGCUAGGUUCAGGAUCUCAAGCUGGUGUUGUAGCUAUUCAAGGCCAGAAUGUCACAAGCACCGCCCACAAUGGAACUCAGCACCUUCUACAGCAGCAGGCACCACCAUCUCAGCAACAGUACACACAAGGCUCUACUCUUACACAGAGGGGUCCGGUGUAUAACACAAUGAUGAUCAGUCAGCCUGGCAAUGCUAAUGUGGUGCAGAUACCCAGCACUCUGGCACAGAAUGUCAAUCAAGGAACUGCAGUUAACAGGUUUCCCGCAGGGCAGCAGUUGGUCACAAAGUUAGUGACGGCUCCAAUGGCCUGCGGUGCCGUAAUGGUCCCCACAACAAUGUUUAUGGGCCAGGUAGUGACGGCAUACAGCCCGUUUGCCCAGCAGCAGGGCCAGACGCAGGCCAUAGCCUUGCAGACGCAGGCAGCCACGCAGUCCGACUCUCAAACGCAAGCAUCUGCAAUUCAGACAGGGCAGCAGCAGGGGGCGACACAGCCACAGCAACAGCAGCAGUUUCUCCAGGGCACUCGCAUUCUCCAUGGCAACCAGCCUACACAAUUGAUUCUACAAGCUUUUCCUAUUCAGCAGCAGAGUGCGUUUGGCACAGCGCAGCAACAACAGCGUCAACAACAGCAACAGCAACAACAAAGACUGCAACAGCAACAACUGAAGCCUCAGACUCAAAAGCGGCAGAAAGCCCCCGCAUCUCACCGGACUGACAACACCAGUGGUCAAUCACAGUGAUGCGGACAAACAAAGAGCCCUACGGUGCUGUUUUUGUCAACAGUAUUAACAUGAAGGUCAUCGGCUAGCUCUUCCGCCUCUGCCAGCAAAGCUCUUCCUUGGUGACGGCUGCGGUCGGGUGACAGAAGCCUCUCGGAGAAGGAACUCCUCGCUUCAGUGCCAGCGUGGAACAUGACACCACCAGGUGUUUGCUAUAGCAGCGGUUCAGGAUUCCAGACGUUUCACCGCAAUAACAGGUGGAGAACAGCACCCUUACAACCAAGUUUUUCCAUCUUUUUUUUUUUUAUCCCAGUAAUUUAUUUAAGCAUCAAUGUUCAGGAGUAUAGUCCUCGCGUGACCUUGCAUAAAAGGAAAGCUCUCAGAAUCUUUUCUGGGAACUCCAAAUCUUUACUACCUGUACAGAUCCGUGUACCAUACCGUGUAAAUAAAUCCAACCAUAAAGGAGCAAAAUACAAAGGUGAUUAUUUUAUACUCUGCAUGAGAAUUAUAAGCUUUUACUUGUAGUUCUUUUAAUUUAGGUCUAUUUUAGGUUUAGGACAGGAAAGAUUCCGAGUUUUAUUCUAGCAUUUUGUAUCUUUCCCAACAUCCUAAGAUACUCAGCUGAUCUUGGCUUCCAAACGGAUCUCCGUUAGGUUCUUACCAGAAUGGCUUGCAUAUUUUAUUAUAUCGUAAUCCUCGUUUCGAAACUUACCGAAGAGGAUGGUGUUACCUCUACUCUGUAGACCAGUGUAGUUGUCGAUCUUCUAAGUGCCAACAAUCAAAAUUUAUUUUAUAUAUAUUUUGUUUCCUCCAAGGGGAAUUCAAUGAUGUUUCUCCAGGUUAUGUAUAAGAUAUUGUUUUAAAAAUAUGUCUUCCCCUCCCCCUUUAUGUUCUAUAGCACUUAUUGUGUUCACACACACUAAAAUGGCCCUUGUGAUUGUGAUAUUUGUGUUUUAUGAUGGACUGAGCGAGUGAGUGUGUGUCUUGUGUAUGUGUGAGGAAUAGGGAUGUAUGUAUGUGUAUGUGUGCACAUGUCAAAUGCUUAGACAAUAUGCAGCUAUUUUUAUUUCUAAGAUUAGAAAAAGUAGAUAUGAACAAGAGUUUAACUGUAGAGGCCCUAGAGACCCUGUUAAACAUAAGAAACUCAAAACGUCUCCUAUAUUCCACGCCGUGUUGUGGAAAUUAUGCAACAAGCCAUAACCAAUUCAAAGUGUGUCUGUACUUGUGAAAGAAUGAGAAAUUAGCAGCGCUCCAAAAGCUAGGCUGCAGCUGAGAAACGUGGGUCCUCAAUAAGACUGUAUUAUAAAUGAUGCGCUUGAAUGACAGAACAGUCCACAGGCCACUUUGUCAUGUCAGUUUUGAUGAUGGGAAUACUGUCGUGAUUGAUGGUUCGAAACCGGCCUUUUUUUUAACGUGUAGUAAACUUUCACCAUUGUAAUUCCUUAUCCAGUGUGGCAAAUGUAGUUAGUCCUUACAAACACAGGCUGAUUGUUGGUAAUUUGUCAUUGAGCAUUUCAUAAAGUGGACACUAGUUUUGGGCGAUAUACCAGUUAAAGUUCUUCCAAAGGCAUUAGUUUUGUUAUAGCCUUUAUUCUGAUAUGACACACAAUUGGCAUUUGCGCAACCCACAAAUCAAGCAAAACAUUAUGAGGUUAGUCCGUUUAGCUGAAUGGUGUCAGGGAUAUUUCAGUCACGUUUCCAAAAAAAAAAAAAAAGAUCUAUUUAAAAUCCAAGUCUUGGAUGAAAGGGACACACAUAUACAAAUAUGUGACAAAUAACUUGAGAAAUUCAGAUGUCUAGAGAAACUUGUAAACACCACUGGCUAAUCUGUCAAAAACUUUCUAUUAGUUUUGUUUGACUUUACUUCAGUUGUUAAAUCUAGUUUUUAUUCAAAGUAAAGGGACAUUGCUGAAUAAGCCACUGUUAACCUAAAAAAUGUGUUUUCUUAACAUGUAAAUAAAUAAAUACACUAUAAAUACACUGUACAACAAAACUUGUACAGUGCUGCAUUUUUGGCCAUAACACCAAAUUCGAGCUGACACAUAAACCAAACUAAACUAGUUUAAUGUACUUUUAAUGUACAUUACAAGCUUUCAUUAUUAAAUGAACAGGUUAUUCUGAAACAGGAACGUGGUUUCAUCUGCUGGUGAUCGCAGAUCUGAAUGUUGACCGUCUGGACUGCAGCCUUGCUUUUGGAACACAGCUUUUGGCUUCAGAAGUUGUACAUAUGAUUACUCAUGCAAACAUGCAAGUUUGGGCACUGCUAGUCACUUUUUUUGUGUGUGUGUUUUUUUUUUUUUUUUUUUUUUUCCCCCAGGGAACAGUUCUGCACAUUUGAAUGCACAGUUACUGUUUAUUUGCAGAAUUUUCAUAAAAUGUAACCAACGCAGAAGUCUGGGCAGUUUUGUUCUGUUUUCUGUAGGGGUAUGUGAAGAAAAAGUAUAUAACCAUAUUUUUUGACAGUUAUUCAACAUUAUACUACACUGCACUAAAUCCUGUUAAAUAGGUCUUUUUAUGCUCUCUUUGUAACGAAACAUGUAGUCAGUUGCCGAUAUCCAUGAUUUGCUCAGAAAUGCACACAAUAACACUAAUAUAUUGUAAUAACCCACCUCUUUUAUUUUUUCUAGUAUGUUAAGCUCAGCAAAUACACAGAAAUUGUGCACUAAAAUCUGCAGAAAAAAAGUUCUCUGUAGAACAUUUAAAUUAGAGCCAGGGAUAUUCAAAUUUCUGCAUAUGACUUCAAAUCGAUUGCUAAUUGACCUAGUAAGUAUGCGUGGUUUUGUUAUUUGUGUGAGUGUAGCUGCCUCACUGCAUGGCUGGGUACGGUUUGUCCUCACCGAGCGUGUGCUGCGUAUUAAACGUUCCUAACUCUUCCCUCAGCGCUGUAGGGACUGGACGUCAAACCAGGCGAUAACCAAUCAGUUCUUGCGUUGCAGUAACAUUCUGAACAUUGUAGAAUGCUCCCCACUGGCUUGGUAGCUGUAUACCUCAGAAACCCAUAUUAUUGAAAGCGUUUUCUAUAAGAAAAUCCAAAGCAACUUUAUUUUCAUAUGGUAAAAGGACUUUAGUGCAAAGCUGUGUAUAGACCGUCAGCACUGUCAUGUGAAAAUGUAUGCAUUUUUAGUCAUUAUAGACAGAUUGUUGAAGAGCAGAACAUGUAGAUGUAUGGACUUCCAAAUAAAAAUGUGCAGCUUCUUCUCCCCAACGGAACUCAUUUACGUUACGUUUUGUAGUAUUUGUUUACAUAUGGCCGGGCACCCAAAACCUGCUGAGAGAUAUAUAGGCCUGCGAAGUGUGAACAGUUGUCAGUUUUAUUUUUGAUAGUAUCAUGCAAGUCUUAACCAAACAGCAAACAUUAUCUGGCGAUUAGAUCGGGGCCUCGGGUACUGUAUUUGUCAUUUUUCUUUGUCUAGCCACCAAAGAUGUUUUGUGGACACAAUUUAAGACAUUGAUAUACAUGUUUAUGCACGUGGCGCUGCAUCUGUUCAGUGUCUAUGGACUGGGCCCAAAAACUGUUUUGUAACCAUGUAAACAGACACCAAAUCCGCCGUUCUAGGUUUGUUGUUUUGCAUUUUACAUUGUCUACCCCUCUUGUGCAGCCAGUGAACUGUGAAGCACUCUUAUCAAGCAUUUUCACACAAUGAACUGAUCAAAGUUCAUGAAUGAAUGUCCCCAAAACAGCUCAUGCAAUUCAGCCCCCUUGUUUGCAUUACAUGGUGGAUAUCUGUCCAGUGAUGGAUUCAGCCCCUGUAAUGCGAAGGGUAAAAUCAGUUAAACUGAAUUAUUCGCUGUGGAUUUCCACGUCUCCGUCAGUGUUCUUACAAAUGGUUUUGUAAGUGUAGUAUUGUCACUUUGCCAAUAACUGAUCCUCGCCUGUUCAUGGUAAUAUUUGAUCUUGAAAUAAAAGAGACAAUAUAUGACUUUA